ACUCUGUCGUCGUCCGCAAGAAGAGCAAAAGCUCGUUUCUCUUCUUCAAACAUAUCCUCGGUUUCAUCUGAGAAACCCUAAUUUCUGGGCUAGUUAGGAUUUUGUUUUCUUUUCGUAUAAGAUACUCUGUGAUUGAAAGGUUUUUGUUGUAUUUGGAAGAAGAAAUGGGUGGCUCGUCGGAGACAAAGAUCCUGCAAGAACUCAUACUUUACGCGGCGAGCGCUGCUUUUAGCUGCUUGGUUCUGUUUGCGGGGCUCAGGCAUCUCGACCCUAAUCGUGAGGCGUCUAAAAAAGCUCUCGAGCAUAAGAAGGAAAUCUCCAAGCGUUUGGGUCGUCCUCUUAUUCACACAAAUCCAUACGAGGAUGUAAUAGCAUGUGAUGUGAUAAAUCCAGACCACAUUGAUGUAGAGUUUGGUUCUAUUGGAGGAUUGGAGACCAUCAAGCAGUCUUUGUAUGAGCUUGUGAUUUUACCGUUGAAAAGACCUGAGCUUUUUGCUUUUGGGAAGCUGCUUGGACCUCAAAAGGGUGUCUUGCUCUAUGGGCCUCCUGGUACUGGAAAGACUAUGCUUGCUAAGGCUAUUGCGAAAGAAUCAGGAGCUGUUUUCAUUAAUGUUAGGGUUUCUAAUCUGAUGAGCAAGUGGUUUGGUGAUGCACAGAAGCUUGUUGCUGCUGUAUUUAGCCUGGCGUACAAACUCCAACCUGCUAUAAUUUUUAUUGAUGAGGUUGACAGCUUUCUUGGUCAGCGCCGCUCAACAGAUCAUGAAGCAAUGGCGAAUAUGAAGACUGAGUUUAUGGCUUUAUGGGAUGGAUUUUCUACUGAUCCGAAUGCGAGGGUUAUGGUCCUUGCUGCAACCAACAGACCGUCAGAGCUUGAUGAAGCAAUAUUGAGACGUCUUCCUCAGGCUUUUGAGAUUGGAAUACCUGAUCGACGGGAGAGAGCUGAGAUAUUGAAAGUGACUCUGAAAGGAGAGAGGGUGGAACCCAAUAUUGACUUUGAUCAAGUAGCUCGUUUAUGCGAAGGCUAUACCGGAUCAGAUAUCUUUGAGCUCUGCAAGAAAGCAGCUUACUUCCCUAUCAGAGAGAUCCUAGAGGAAGAGAGAAAGGGAAGACACUGUCCGGUCCCUAGGCCAUUAUCACAGUUGGAUUUGGAGAAGGUUCUUGCUACGACAAAGAAGACACAGGUUGCAGCUGGCGAGUACUCUGGAUUAAGCUCGCAGUCCUCAGCUUGGAGAAGCUCAAGGGAACCAGAUGAUGUACAAGCAGCGAUAAGUGGAAUCUCGAAGCUUCUAGUCUCUCAGAUCAUCAACCUUCAGUCAGAUUCUCAGGAUUCAUGGCAGCGAGAUCCCGAAGAAGAAGAUUCCUGAUGAAAUUCCGGAUCAUUUUUUAGAAACGUUCAGGAAUUUGCCACAUUUCACUCUGUUUUGUAAUAUUUAAUUUUUAGGAUGGAUCAUUUGAUUGGUUUUGGCUCUAUUAAAGCGUUGAUCUUAUGCUUUACUGAA